UAGCAAAAGCAAAUUGGAGGACAUUUAAUUUUGUUGUUAUAUAUAUACAGCUUUUUUACCUGAUUUUAUCUGGUUAUGAGCAUGAUUUUUAUCAUGGGCAGGAUAGUGUUUAGGUUUAGAUGCGGCACAUAUACCUAGCCUACAUUCGUUUUGUAAAGUUAUGUAAUAGGUUAGGUCAUACACUUUGAGUAAAGUCCUUCCUAAUCUCUCGAUGAACUGUGUGAAUUAAUAAGUAACAUAAAGAAUACAUUUUUGUCGGACAUAAUUUAUAUUGUAACUUAAUCAUGGCAGAUGAUUUUCUAGCAGAGAACAACACUUGUGGGCAGGUAUUGUUACACCUAGUAUCUAGAGGCAAUGCUAUUAUCGCAGAGCUCCUUCGACUGAAAGACUACAUCCCCCCUGUAUUCAAAUUCGACACAAAACAAGACCAACAAAAGUACGCAGGUUUAAUACUUGACUUUACCUACUUUAAGUCCCCAGAAGAAUAUGAUAAAAAAAUUGAGAGUAAUGUAGUAAUGCAAGACUUGGAUGAAGAAUUGAGAGAGAACCAUAUUGACUUGCUGACUAGGUUCUAUGUUGCAUUUGAGAGCAUUCACAAGUUUGCUGUGGACAUCAACAGCUACGUUGAAGACUUGGAAGAUGGAGUUUACAUUCAGCAGACUCUAGAGAGUGUGUUCAUAAGCGAGGAUGGACGACAGCUAUUGUGUGAAGCAGUUUACUUGUUUGGAGUGAUGCUGCUUGUGGUAGAUCUACAUAUCCCCGGUGAUGUGAGAGAGAGAAUACUGGUGUCUUACUAUAGAUACAGUGCUCAGAGAUCAAGUGCUGGCAGUAACGUAGAUGACGUUUGCAAGCUACUUAGAUCUACUGGACUCAUCAGCGGAAAACGGCCAACAAACUAUCCUGAAGAUUAUUUUCGACGCACACCAUUGAAGGAGAGUCUGGUGGAUGUAGUAAUUGGACGGCUGCGGUCAGAUGAUGUGUACAACCAGAUCGCUGCAUACCCGUUUCCCGAGCACCGCAGCACGGCGCUGGCAGCACAGGCGGCCAUGUUGUACGUGUGCCUGUUCUUCCAGCCGCAGACACUACACAGUCAGACAGCCAAGAUGAGGAACAUCGUAGACAAGUACUUCCCUGACAACUGGGUGGUGAGUGUGUACAUGGGGAUGACAGUAAACCUGGUAGACUCAUGGGAGCCUUACAAAGCAGCCAAGACAGCCCUGGCCAACACCCUGGAGCCAGCCAACAUAAAGGAGCAGUCUACCUACCACGCCAACAAACUGGUGAAACUGAUAAAGGACACACAACAGUUGCUGACGGAGGGUUCUCUAGUUAGAGACAACAUCCUGGACCAUGCCAACAAAGUGAUCAAUUUGAUCAGAGAAUGCAACGUCUCACUACGCUGGUUGAUGCUUCACACUGCGUCUAGCCACUCUGUGGCCGAAGUGGGCAAGAAGUGUCGACAAGUGAGGGAUCAAGUGAUGGCCGAUGUGAAGCACUCGUCACUGACUGUGUUUAAAUUGUUGCUCAACACAGCCGAACUAGAACUCAAGGUUAAGGACUUGUUUAAAACGCUGUUGACGGAGAGAGAAGAGAAGUGGUCCAAGUGUAAGCAGGAGGCUGGGGAGAGAAUGGCUGAAUUGGCUGAAGUGUUCUCAGGAACAAAACCACUAACCAGGGUGGACAAGAAUGACAACCUGCAAAAAUGGUUCUUGGACAUCAACAAGCAGAUCAGCUCCUUGAACAUUGAAGAACCAACUAUUUCUGGCAGAAAAAUAGUUCAACUGAUACAAGCUUUGGAUGAAGUACAAGAAUUCCAUCAAUUGAACCACAACUUGCAAGUGCGCCAGUUCCUGGUGGACAGUCGCAACUACCUUCACCAGAUGGUGCGAGGAGUGAACGUGAAGGAGGCUGUGUUGAUCAAUCUGCAGAUAGUGGGGGACAUCAGUUAUGGAUGGGAGCUCAUAGACAGCUACACUGCACUGAUGCAAGAUGGCAUCAAAACAGAUCCAGGGAUGGUUACCAAGCUUAGAGCUACCUUCCUCAAGUUGUCGUCUGCAAUGGAGAUUCCUCUGCUGCGGAUCAACCAAGCUGGUUCAUCAGACUUGGUGUCUGUGUCUCAGUACUACAGUCAUGAGCUGGUCAGCUAUGUACGCAAGGUUUUGCACAUCAUACCAGAGUCCAUGUUUAGUCUGAUGGCGAGGAUAGUCUACCUUCAGACUUCUGUUAUCAAGGAGCUGCCGACUAGGCUGGACAAAGACAAGCUGCGGGAAUAUGCUCAACUGGACCAUAGGAUGGAGGUUGCUAAACUGACCCACCGAGUGUCUGUGUUUACCGAGGGAGUGCUGCGUAUGAAGAGCACCUUGGUGGGGAUUGUGAGGAUCGACCCUAAACAGCUGUUGGAGGACGGCAUCCGCAAGGAGUUGGUACACCACAUCGCACUCGCUCUACACACCGGCCUCACUUUCAAUCCUAAGGCCAAGGUGAGUGAACUCAGUGACAAGUUGACAGCUCUGGGAGCCAUUAUGGACGGCCAUCGGCGUUCCUUUGAAUAUAUCCAAGACUAUGUUGGCAUCUACGGUCUCAAGAUUUGGCAGGAGGAGCUGUGCAGAGUGAUUGGCUUCAAUGUAGACAUGGAGUGUAACAGUUUCCUGCGAGUGAAGGUUAUGUCUUGGCAAAGUGUACACCAGAACAAAGCUAUCCCCGUGCCACUCUUCUCCCCAACCGAUACUCAGUCUAUUACCUUUGUCGGGCGACUAGCUCAUGAACUCAUCCGUAUCACAGACCCAAGAACGACCUUGUACGUGAUGUCAGCAACGUCCUGGUUUGACACCAAGACACAGAAGCAGGUGGCAGGUCUUAACUUGUUCACCAACAUCUCCUCUGCUGUUGGCAUCUCAGGUAUCACAGGAUUGGACCGUCUCAUCUCCUUCAUGAUUGUCACUGAGCUGCAGAAUUUCCUGUCUGUGCUUCAAAGAGGUGUUUUGAAAGAUAAGAAUUGGCUUGAACUGUUCGGUUCAGUAGCAAAAGGACUCAGCCCUAAUGAUCAAAAUGUUGCCAACCCAGGCAAGGUGUAUACUCAAUGGACGAGCAGAGCAGGCAAAGUGUGGCCUCAGGUGUUGGAAACAGUACUCAAGGUCGGACAGCUUCAACUCAUCAGGAAACACAUUUUCUUUGAACUUCGCACCAGCUGCAAGUUUGAAUCUAAGAACCUUUCGUCCACAUUGGAAAAUAUGAACCAGGUGUUAUUGAAUGAGAUCAAAGAUCACUACAAGGAUCCGGCAACCAAACCUUAUCCUCGUGAAGACAGCCAACUGCUUUUGGAGAUCUCCACUUACCUAGACUGGGCUGGAAUUGGUAAUCCAUUUGCUAAGAUCUACAUCACAACCAAGAACCUCCAGUUUUUCUCAUUGUUUACCUUCUUGUUUGUGAUUGCUCAACUUAGUCGGCUUCAGUAUUCCAAGACAUUAGGUACUCUUAUAUGGAAGAAGGCGGGUGAACCGUUGGAUGGAAUGCCUUUCAUCGUUGGACUACAAACACUGUUCCGCCAGUUCCAUCCAGAGAUCAGGGAUCAGUUUCUGGUGUAUAUGGCGCAGUAUGUCAAAUCCCACAUUGAAGCAACUGUCACAGGUUCCAGCAAGUCAGAGUUUCCACCUGAAGUAGUGUCCAGUCUACACUUCCUGGUGUUGUUCUCAGACAUUGCAGGACUGCCUCUGUCUGCUGUCACUCAACACAUUCCAGAGACCAUCUUCAACUUGUUCCAUCACUUUGACCCCAGUACAUAGAGGGCACAUGCCAACAGUAUGUCUAGUAUACUCAAGAGAUAGGUUCGGGAUGGGAAUCAUUUUUGGGUCAAUCUCGGGUUAUCUACAUUGUGAGUGUUUGAGCGUUUGCUGCAGAAAGUCUAUAUGAAGAUAGUGCUAUUGAAAAUUGAGAUGUUCCUGAUUGCUGAAGAACUUCACAAUAUCAUUAUUUACAGGAAACAUUCACAAUUUUCCCUCGACCACGGGAGUUGUUGGUAAAGCAAGAUUUUUAUUUUAUAAACUGAAUUUAGUUAUAAAAAAACCAUUAACUAAAACAAUACCCUCCAAAGCAACCCCAUUUUUCCCAAGACCCAAAGGUAAAUAUUUUUGACCACACCCAACCCAAAGUAAAAAUGUCUCAUCCGCAGACCCCUGGUAAAUGUCAUGCAUUCAACCGAAUAACUCUCUCCUACUAACCAGAGUAAUAAAAUAAAAACAGCUUAACAGCGGUUGCGUAAAGAUAGUGUUAACGACACGAGUAAAAAAUUUAAGGUACGAGCUUUGGUGAGUGCCUUCAAAACUUCUACGAGUGUUGUUAACACUAUUUAUGUGAGUUGCGUACACUACUUUACCUACGACGGUGUUUUAAUUACUAAAAAUCACUACUCAUAACUUCUAAGAGAGGUUAUGUUUUUGUUUAUAACCUCUUAUUGCCACUGACAGUGAUGCAACGAAACAUUGUACCAAACACUAAUUGCACCACUCAACAAUUAAAUUGGCCUGAACAGCUGUUUAUGAAGUACGAAUCAUUACAAUUUUACUUCUACUCUUUCAAUCCUUGAACCUCACUGGUCCGUUACCCAUGUUUUUAUGUAAAACUAUGCUGUUAUGAAAGUAAACAAUUCUGUUAUGAGAAACUUUUCAAUUCUAAGAACUGAACUGAAACGGAUACAGUAGAACUCCAAUUAUCUGAACUCCAAUUAACCGAAUCUCCGAUUAUCCGAAUCGCUAUUUCAACAAUUUUAAAAACGUAAAGCUACAGUAAUAAUAAGUUUCGCAAAAUAUCAAAGAAUUAUUACUAAACAAAUUUAGCCAGUGUGUAAUUUUUUACUUUGAUGGAACACUAUAAACUUAAGAAAAUGUAUAGAACACUUGUGCUAUGAGCAUUGUAAACUGUAAAAAUGUUCUGAUUUCAUUUAUUAUUAAUUAAAAGUUCAUUUAGUACCGAAAA